AAUUUUUUCCCGUCCGCUUCGCGGUCUAUGAGCAUUUCGCUUCUUCAACCUUUUCAAACUCAUUUCUUUCUCCUCUUCUUUCUUUUUCUCGGAUCUUCUUUCUCCCUCUCUCCAAAGUUCUUCAAUUCUUUCUGUCUCCUUUUCGCUCGUUCUCUGGUAAUUUCAUCUUUUCGAACAGGGCCGGUCUAGCCAAUCUCUAUCAGGACGGUUUAAUGUUGACCUUCGAGGGUCAAAAGAUCCGAGGCUCUCAGAGCAUCGUCGCUAAACUCACUAGCCUUCCUUUCUAGCGGUGUCAGCACAGCAUCACCACCGUCGAUUGUCAGCCCUCCGACGCUGGCGGCAUGCUGGUUUUCGUCAGUGGUACCCUCCAACUUGUCAGUGGUUUCGAUUCGUAGGAGCCAAUGAUUAACACAUAUGCCAACUUUAGAGAUGAUGUUCUUCCCCGUAUUAAAAGACUUGGGUACAAUGCUGUUCAGAUCAUGGCUAUUCAAGAACACUCAUAUUAUGCUAGCUUCGGGUACCAUGUGACAAACUUCUUUGCACCUAGUAUCCGCUUUGGAACCUCUGAUGACCUCAAGUCAUUGAUAGAUAAGGCUCAUGAGUUGGGUAUACUUGUUCUUAUGGAUAUUGUGUACAGCCAUGCUUCCAAUAAUGUGUUAGAUGGGCUGAACAUGUUUGAUGGAACUGAUGGUCAUUACUUCCACACGGGGUCAAGGGGUCACCACUCGGUGUGGGAUUCUCGCCUUUUUAAUUAUGGAAGCUGGGAAGUACUGAGGUAUCUUCUUUCAAAUGCAAGAUGGUGGCUGGAGGAGUAUAAGUUUGAUGGGUACAGAUUUGAUGGUGUGACUUCAAUGAUGUACAUCCAUCAUGGGUUGCAGGUAUUAUAUACGACUGAAUUUGGAGAUUCUCCAAUUUCAUGAUAUUAUAUAAUAAGUUAUUCAUAUGCUCAGAUGUUAAUUGCCCAGUUUUGACAUUAUUUUGAAACUGAUGUUACAUUUGGUUCUUGCAAGUAGUGAAGCAUCAUUCUUUAUGUCUGUUUCUUAACAAUUUUUGCUCGAGGACUAAAUGGUCUCCAUGUAAUUACGAUUAAGAAGAAAAAUCAAGGUAAAAGCUUGUGGUUUUUUGUCUUUCCGUUCCUUCUCUAUCCACUGUACGGGUUUCAGAAAAAGAGCUUCGCUUGCUCUUGCUAUUAAAGUCAAGUUAGUUUCCUAUUUGAUCUUCUAAUUUUCCUUCUUUGAUUCGUGUUUUUUGUGUUAAAGUGUCUGCAAUUUUGUUUGUUUUUGGAGAAAUCUGGGAUUAUUGUUGUAUUUUCUGAAACUGAUCUGUUAUUGAUGGAAGUCAACCCUUACAGUUGUUAGUGAUAAACACAUAAAUUUGAAUGUUGAUAAAUUAUUGAAUUAUUAAUUUCUGUUAAUUUAUUGCAUAUAAUCAUUGAAUUGUUUAUUUUUACUAAUUAAUUAUACAUAAAUAAUUAGAUAGUUGAUUUUCGAGCAAUAUUAUUUGAUUGGCUCAUUUUUGGUAUGGCAAUGUAAAGAGAUUAAUAAUUGUACUUUUUUUUUAAAAGUUUUUCCCCUGACCAACUAUAAAAUUAAAGUUAAUCAAUUGAAAUAGAUGUAGAUCAUAAGGUAUUUAAGGUACUGUAAUGAGUAGUAUGUUUAGUUUACUAGAGUUUUUUUGGACUUUGGUUUGAUUCAAUUAUCAAAUUUUUAGCUCAGCAUUUGAUUGGUUAGGACUCGGGUCUUUAAAGUUCCUCAAUCAUUUUCUUCCUUUUUUUCAGAAUCAGAUUUGCUUUUUUGCUUGAAUCUUGACUUUAUAGUCAAUUUGGUGGGUCGGGUUGAUUGAAGCUUUAAGGUUGUAUGGUCGUGGCUGGCGCCAAAUAGAAGAGCAUGUAGGCACCAAAUCUGCAGUUCAAAUUCGAAGCCAUGCUCAAAAAGUUUUUCUCUAAGGCUCAUUGCUUUGAGUUCAUUACAAGAUUUCCUUGAUUAAGUAAAUGGAAACGACAAUCACCUCACCUCGAGGAAAACAACAUUCAACAUUGGUGUCGCAACACUAAUGCUAUGAAAGUCACGACACCGAGUCCAUUCGCCUCGAGGAUUAAAAAAUUUAACAAGAAAUCAACUUUAAGCUUACUAUCGAGAGAGUCGCGACACCAAAGGUAUGAUGCCACGACAUCGAGCCCAAAAUUGCAACACCAAGCCUCCGAAGUUGUGAUAUCCCUGAAGAUGUUAAAGUGAAGAAAUUGUGGCCACCACCAGUGAUGUCGCGACACCAAAAGCCCUCACAACCAUUAGUGCACCAUUUUCAAGGGUGUUGCGACACCAAAGCCUGGGUGUUGUGACAUUGAUGCUUAAUGGAGUGAAAAAUAUUGCAAGGGUAGUCUUUUGUCCAACAUCAUCCCAAGUCAAAAUAAAACUUUUAGUGGCAUUUUUGUCUUAAAUUCGAAAUUAUAUCUCAACUAAUAAAAGCACUUUUGGUUGAAAACUUUAAAAAAGCCAACUUUCUUUCUUCUUUUAAGCUUAGUAGUUAGUUUUCUUCUUCAUGUUUUAGGGUUUAGUUCAUUAACUUUUCUGAGUUUAAUUUGUAUAGUUGGUAGUUUAGUUAGUUUUUACUAUAGCUUUUCUAUUAUCUGCACUUUGGUAUUUAAACCUAUAGCUUUUCUAUUAUUUGCA